AUGGAUGGUUACAGUGGAUACAAUCAAAUCAAGAUGUUUGAACAUGAUGAUGCCAAAACCGCGUUCCGCACUCCCAUUGGGAACUUUCACUACAUUGUGAUUCUUUUUGGACUGAAGAAUGCAGGAUUGGCUCAGCUUAUUGCUUCGUUCACUCCUCUGCUGAGGAAGGGAGCAAAUUUCCCCUGGACGGCUGUUCAGCAUGAGGCAUUCCAGAAGAUACAACAGAUAUUUUUAUCCCCCGAAAUCAUGAGAUCUCCAGUACAAGGACGACCAUUGAUAUUGUACACGGCUUCCAGUAAUGUUGUUAUUGGGGCACUGCUAGCUCAAGAAGAUGAAGAAGGCGUUGAACAUCCAAUCUACUAUUACAUCCGAACCAUGAAAGAUGCUCAACUCAGAUACUCGAAAGCUGAAAGAACGUGCCUGGCAUUAGCUCAUGCAAUGCAGAGAUUCAAACAUUAUUUGCUAUCUAACAGGGUCGUGCUUGUCUCCAAAGCUAAUCCCAUCAAGUUUUUACUCUCGAAACCUUCUUUGAUAGGAAGACCUGCAAAAUGGAUGCUUCAGAUGUCAGAUUUUGACAUAGUAUGUGUUUCUCCCAAAGCAAUCAAAGUUCAAGCGGUAGCAGAUCUACUGGCAGCCUUUCCAGGGGAAGAUUCCACGACACUACAGGACGAUGUACCAGGUGAAUUCCCAGAAAUUUCAGUCGUCAAGGAAGAAAUGUGUCUAUUGUACUUUGAUGGAUCUGCUACUCCUAGCAACGAUAUUGGAGGAGCGGGCAUAGUCUUGGUCUCUCCAUCUGGAGCGAUGCACCUGGAGAUCAAAGGAGAUUCAAAACUGUUGGUCAAUCAAAUGAAUGGGACAUACUCUCUCAAGAAGAUAACGCUUGCUCCAUUCAGGGCUAAGGCGCAACGACUCUUAACUCAUUUCGCCUGUGCGACUAUCACUCAUACUGGCCGGACCAACAAUAGACAUGCUGAUUGCUUCGCAAUCCUCGCCUCCAAGCUGCAAUUCGAAGGAUCAGAGAAAGCUAUCAUAGUGCAAAGACGAGCUGUAUCAUCCACAUGGCUUAGUCAAACUGAAGAUGCUCAAGCAAACGACUGGAGAGCACCUAUUAUUCAUGAGUUGAGCAGUUCCGUUACAGAAGGAGCGGUCAGCCUUAAAGAGCUAAAGAACUUCUUCUUUCUCCACGGGGCCUUGUACCAUCGCAACCGUGAUGCCUCUCUAUCACGGUGCCUUGGCGAUGAAGAAGCAAAGGAAAAUCUCGAAAGUGUGCAUCAAGAAGUAUGUGGACAAACGCUGGUGAUAACACUUUAUAGAAGACUUCAAAGACUCGGAACUGCACCAAGGAGCUCGAUUGGAACAUCACCGUAUUCGCUCGUCUAUGGGGCUGGUGCUAUACUCCCAACUGAGAUAAAAGUUCCUUCAACAAGGAUUGCAGCGGACAGUGGAAUACGAUGGGAUGAAGCUGAAGUGUCCAAGUCAAGAGUUGCUGAACUGGACAUACUCGAAUCAAAGAGAGCUAAAGUAGAAAAGUAUGUGGAGGCUUACAAACAGAGAAUAUCCAGAGUUUACAACAAAAUGCAGCAGAUAAUUAAUCUUUAUUCAAAUACAUCUCAAAUGUAA